CAGCAACAUGCGCAUCUGCAUCUGGUCGCAUCUCUAGAACCGCCAAUUGUCGUCCCCAUUUUCGACAAAUUCCCUCAACAAAUAUGCUGCGCCAAAUAAAACCCCGGAAUGCCCGCUCCAAGCGGGCCCUCGAGAAGAGGGCGCCCAAGAUCGUCGAGAAUCCCAAGAAGGCCCUGUUCCUGCGCGGCACCACUUGCAGCCAAAUCACCCAAGAUGCCCUCGGAGACCUGUAUGCGCUGAGGAAGGACAACGCCAAACGUUUCCAGAAGAAGAAUGCCAUCCAUCCCUUCGAGGACGCCAGCUCGCUCGCCUUCUUCUCGGACAAGAACGACUGCAGCCUGCUCCUCUUCGGCAGCAGCAACAAGAAGCGCCCGCACACCAUCACCUUCGUCCGCACGUUUGACUACAAGAUCCUCGACAUGCUCGAGUUCUACCUGGAUCCCGAGUCCUUCCGGAGCCUGUCCCAGUUCAAGACGGAGAAGAUCCCCAUCGGGAUGCGACCGCUCAUGGUGUUUGCGGGGACCGCCUUCGAAUCCCCCGUGCCCAACGCCUUCACCAUGGCCAAGUCCAUGCUGAUCGACUUCUUCCGGGGCGAGACGACGGACAAGAUCGACGUCGAAGGGCUGCGGUUCUGCGUGGUGGUGACGGCCGACGAGCCCACCGAGUCCGCCGCCGCCGCCGCCGCGGCGGACCCGUCCUCGGCGCCCGUCCUCCGGCUGCGCGUCUACGCGAUCCGCACCAAGCGCUCCGGCCAGCGGCUGCCCCGCGUCGAGCUCGAGGAGCACGGCCCGCGCAUGGACUUCCGCCUCGGCCGCGUGAAGGAGCCCGACGAGGCCCUCCUCAAGGAGGCCAUGCGCCGCCCCAAGACCAACGAGGAGCGCACCAAGAAGAACAUCUCGACCGACCCCAUGGGCGACAAGAUCGGCCGCAUCCACAUGGGCAAGCUCGACCUCAGCGGCCUGCAGACGCGCAAGAUGAAGGGCCUCAAGCGGUCCCGCGACCAGCACGACGAUGCCGAGCGGGACGACGACGACGACGAGACGGUCGGGACCGCCAAGGCCGCGCAGGAGCAGCAGCCCACCAAGAGGAAGCGCAAGGUCAAGGCUUAGCUUAGUUGGUUGAUUCACGUAAUCAAGAGGAGGGGGAUGGAGGGGGAAAGGUUGUUCAGUUCUGAUUCUUCUUUCUCCCUCCCUCUCUCUCUCUCUCUUCUUCAAAACUUAACGCGGGCGUUUGGAGUGAGGAGGGGACCGGAAAAAUACAACGGCGUCAUGGACUCUUUUGUGGCUCGAUAUAAAUUGGGGGGGUUGGAGGUGUUAUUCACCAU